AGUGAGGCACAAAUCACCCUGAUAAUUGAAUGCAUGAAUGCAAUUCAAUGAAUGUUUUUUUAGGCUACUGUUAUCAAGUUAUCGCUAUUUAAAACACCCUUUAGUAAUUUGAUAUGCAUUUGUAUCAUUAGCCAAUAUUAUUAGUCUGCAUUAUAGACCAUAUAAUUCUAAAAAUUGUAUAUUUUGAUGGAUUGUAAUAGCCUACUAUAGGCCUAUUGGCUACUAUACAGUCGCAUUUAAGUGUACAUGCACGAUAAAAUGUGUGCUAAUGACUUGUUAAGCAAAGCUUUAUCACUCGGCAACCGCAAUUCUAUAGUUUUACUUUUAGAAACGUGUUGUUUAUUUACAUAACUGAUGAAGAGCUGGCAUGCUCGAGGAUCCGCCCCGGACGGCUGGUGCUGAUGCUGAGCAUCACUGAGAGAAUCCCAUUACAUCAUCUCUACUCCACCUGAUUGGCUGAAGGUCAAUGCGCAAGCAGAGCGGCACGUCUUUGCCAAACAAUCAAGGGCUGGUGGAUAUCAAAUGCGACCUCUUCUCCCCGAAUCUUUUUAAAAAACAAUCCCUACGAGCUUUUCGUUUUGUAAUCGUUUGAAAGCAUGGCGGAAAGCGAGGUGGACACGCCGAGCACCCCGAUUGAAUACGAAAGCAAAUACUUCGAGUAUCAUGGAGUUCGACUCCCUCCUUUCUGCAGGGGCAAGAUGGACGAGAUCGCCAACUUUUCGUUAAGAAGUAGCGACAUAUGGAUCGUUACAUACCCCAAAUCAGGUACGAGUUUGUUACAGGAGGUGGUGUAUCUGGUGAGCCAGGGUGCGGACCCAGAUGAGAUUGGGCUCAUGAAUAUUGAUGAGCAGCUUCCUGUGUUGGAAUACCCUCAGCCAGGUCUGGAGAUUAUCCAGGAACUGACAUCACCUCGUCUGAUCAAAAGCCACCUGCCGUACCGUUUCCUCCCCACAGCGAUGCACAAUGGAGAAGGCAAGGUGAUAUAUAUGGCCAGGAACCCUAAAGACCUGGUGGUGUCCUACUACCAGUUUCAUCGCUCUUUACGAACCAUGAGCUACCGGGGAACGUUCCAGGAGUUCUGCAGGCGAUUCAUGAACGACAAGUUGGGAUACGGUUCCUGGUUUGAGCAUGUUCAGGAGUUCUGGGAGCACCGCAUGGACUCUAAUGUUCUCUUUUUGAAAUAUGAGGACAUGUACAAGGAUCUGGGGAACCUGGUGGAGCAGCUGGCUCGAUUUCUGGGUAUUGCGUGUGAUAAAGCCCAGCUGGAGGGCAUGGUGGAGAGCUGCAACCAACUCAUUGAGCAGUGCUGCAACUCUGAGGCCCUGUCCAUCUACAGGGGUCGUUUUGGGCUUUGGAAGGACAUUUUCACUGUGUCCAUGAACGAAAAGUUUGAUGCCGUUUACCGACAGAAGAUGGCCAAGUCUGACCUGACCUUUGACUUUAACCUGUGAGGAAGCGACACUGGACUAUCUGCUCAGCCAAUCAACCCGUUCACCUGCUGUGCUUAAUGUCACCUGAUGGACGUUCCCCAUCCAGAGUUUAUCUUUCCAUCCCCGCCAUCUCUUGCUCAUCAAUGCUUUCAUUAGUUACUCGAAAGUUACUUCUCAGUACAGAUACGCGGUCAGUGCUAAGAGGCUUUUUUCUCUCUCUUGUGUAUUUGUAUAAACAUUGCAUCAGCAGUGCUAGUCCGAAGUGUAAGCACAGUGCUUGUUGCGUUUGCACAUUGUACAGAGCUAUUCCAUAUCCCAAAGGCGCUUAUGAAAUGUGUAUUUAUUAAAAAUUAGAAAUUAAAAUGAUUUAGACUAUAUUCUAUACGCAAAGCCGUAAUGACAAACUCUCAGGAGGAUUCUUGAAAUCAUUGGCUAAUAGAUGCACCAAAUAUGCAGUCAUCCAAUCACAGUUCAGGUCGUGAAAACCUGAGCCUCAUGAUGAAUGCUGAUUGGCUCCUGGCCAAAAGAUCUUAAAGUAUGUGUGGAAUAUCAUUUCACUUCUUCUUCUUGUGCACCUCUCUUAGUGGCUUCUAGACGGCUUUGACUUAUAUUCCAGUAUGGCUAUUCAUUGAUACUGUAAUGAAAGGUAAUUCACAUCUGUAUUUUCAUUUUUUAAUGUAUCACGUCUACAUAUUUACAUCAAUCCCCCAGGAUCAUACACGUGAACAUACACUGUGUCUGUAUAAAGAAGAUCUUUUUAGAACAUUUUGCAUCAGUUACAUGCAUAUAAUGCAUCAGAAGUGUUGUUGUGAGCAGAUAUGAGUUUGUAUUUCAUCAUUAUGUCUUGAUCAAAGGUAUAUAAGAUGGGUAAGGUGAACUCAAAUACCAGCACUCCUUACAAAGUGACUUAUAACCUCACAUAUCCAACAACUGCUGUGUUCAGAAUGGAAUACUAGCAUACUAUGUACUAUAAUGUACAGUAUGCUAUUGUUAAAAAUAGUAUGUGCGACAGUAUGCAUUAUGCCACUAAAUAGAUUCAGUAGUAUGCCACACUGUCACAUGACCUCGUUAAGUGCAUGUUUAAUUUAGAGAAUGAUGGUUGUGUCAGACAAUAAAAUGGCUAUUUUUAAGUUCCUUGCGAGUUUAUAUCCUGCAAUUCUGACUGUUUUUCUCAGAUUUGUGAGAUGUAAACUCUCAAUUGCGAGGUAUAAAGUCCAAAUUGCAAAAAAUAAACUCAGUUCUAAAAAAAAAAAGUCAAAAUUGCCUUUUUUAUUUUUUAUUCAAUGGCAGAAAGAAGCUUCCAUUGUUUUCUGUGCAGUGUGCGCUAUGCUUGUUUGCGCCACUAAGUAAAAAAAUUUAAAAAGGUAACUGCGACUUUUUAAUCACAAUUCUGAAAUUUUUUCUCGCAAUUGCGAG